GAACAGAUCCCUGAAAAGGAGAGCUGUGACUCCAGCUGGCACUCUGUGGACACAAAUAACAUUUCAGCUUUUGAUUGAUGAAGCUUAUUGGGAAACUCUAACCCUGAAACCAAGGCUUCGAUCAAGGAGACUGUGCAGCUGUCAUUCAUUGGAGAUAAAACGAGAAAAUGACGGAGAAGCUAUGCAUCCACAGGUGCAGUGCCUUCCAACUUUUGCUGGAUAUUCGUUUUGUUUCCAAAUGCCAUAGCUCGCAAGUCACUGGUGUUACUGAUAUUUACAAUAGUUUUCUGGGUCAUAUACUUGGCUUCGGAAGACCACAUGAAGCUCUUCUUCAGCUUGAGAAACCCUGCCCCUUUAAUCCAAUGGAGUAUCUUCAAAUGGAGCAUUUCUCCAUCUUCAAUGGAGUAUUUCUCACUCUCGGAAGCACUACUGAAUCCAGUGGUUCCAGCAACAGAGACUGAGCUGAGAGUAAAGGAAAUCCUGGAGAAACUGGAUCGGCUGAUCCCACCCAGACCUUUCACCCACGUGAACACCACCACCAGUGCCACACACAGCACAGCCACCAUCCUCAACCCACGAGACAAGUACUGCGUGGGGGACCAGCUGGAAGUCUUGCUGGAGGUGAGGGACCACUUGGGACGCCGGAAGGAAUAUGGUGGGGAUUUCCUGAGGGCCAGGAUGUUCUCUCCAGCCCUGAAGGCGGGAGCCUCAGGAAAGGUGACCGACUUCAACAAUGGUACCUACCUUGUCAGCUUCACUCUGUUCUGGGAGGGCCGGGUCUCCCUGUCUGUUCUGCUCAUCCACCCCAGUGAAGGGGCAUCAGCUCUCUGGAGGGCAAGGAACCAAGGCUAUGAUAGGGUGAUCUUUGUGGGCCAGUUUGCUAAUGGCACCUCCCAGGUCUUCUCUGAAUGUGGCCUGACCCUAAAUACAAGCAAUGAACUCUGCCAGUACCUGGAUGCCCGAGACCAAGAAGCCUUCUACUGCGAGAGGCCUCAACAUGUUCCCUGUGAUGCCCUGACCCACAUGACCACCAGAACUAGAAAUAUUUCCUAUCUUAGCAAAGAAGAAUGGAACCUUUUCCACAGGUCUAAUAUAGGAGUUGAAAUGAUGAAGAAUUUUAUCUCCAUCGAGGUCUCACCAUGUAACAACAGUGAGAACAUCAGAGAGAAAUGUCAGAUUGGGAUGAAGAGUCCUUUCCCUAGUGGUUAUGCUUUGAAGGGAAGGUGGAUUACAGCAUUUUGCAAACAGAUCAAGUUCAGUGAAAUAAAAAACAUAAACGACUGUUUGGAAAGAAAACGUAUUUACCUCAUGGGAGAUUCAACACUGCGUCAGUGGAUACACUACUUAAAAAAAGUUGUGACAACCUUAAAAUAUUUUGGUCAUCAUGGAACUAGAACCUUUGAAACACACAUUCUUCUGGAUGUUGAAAGACAUAUUUUGAUUCAGUGGAAAAAACACAGUUAUCCAUUUGUUACCCUAAAGGUUUUCUCAGUGAAAGAUGAAAACUAUAUUUCACGAGAAAUUGACCGUGUGGCAGGUGACAAAGACACGGCCAUUGUCAUUACCCUUGGCCAACAUUUCAGACCUUUUCCCAUCAAGACUUUCAUCCGCAGAGCCAUCAAUAUUCAAAAGGCCAUCAAACGUCUAUUCCUGCGAAGCCCAGAGACCAAGGUGAUACUGAAAACUGAAAAUACCAGGGAGAUUCAUUCAAAUGCAGAGAUGUUCAGUGACUUUCAUGGUUAUAUUCAGAAUCUUGUCAUGAGGGAGAUUUUUGCAGAUCUCAAUGUGGGUGUUAUUGAUGCCUGGGACAUGGCAGUUGCAUAUCACACUGAUAACAUUCAUCCACCUGAUUAUGUGAUUGAAAGUCAAAUUGAUAUGUUCUUAAAUUAUAUUUGCUAGAGGAAAAAUACAAAGAAACAGCAUGAGUCAUUCUCUGUAGAUGGUCUCAUAUAUAUGGCAAGGAUAGUUUAAUGCAAUCUGAGGUAAGAGUGAACCGAAUUUAAAAAAAAUAAAUUGGGGGUUGGUGCUGUAGUGUAGUGGAUUAAGCCACUGCCUGCAGUGCCAGCAUCCCAUAUUGGCACUUGUUCAAGUGCCGGUUGCUCCACUUCUGAUCCAGCUCUCUGCUAUGGCCUGGGAAUCAGUAGAAGAUGAUCCAAGUGCUUAGGCCCCUGUACACACAUGGGAGACCUGGAAGAAGUUCCUGGCUCUUGGCUUUGGAUUGGCCCAGCUCUGGCCAUUGUGGCCAUUUGAGGAGUCAGCCAGCAAAUGGAAGACCUCUCUUCUCUUCUCUCUUUCUCUCUUUCUCUCUCUCUGGUUCUGCCUCUUUAUAACUCUGUCUUUCAAAUAAAUAAAUAAAUCUUUUAAAACAAUUAAAUUGUUGCUAAAUAUACACAACUUAAAAUUUUCCAUGAAAAUCUUUUUUAAAUUUGUAAUUCAAUGGCAUUGGGUACAUUCACAAUGUUGUGCAGCCAUUACCGCAAUCCUUCCCUAGAACUUUCUCAUUAUCCCUAACAGAAUCUCUGUACCUAUUAAACAGUAACUCCAUAUUCUCCCCUACUCCUGGUUCUUGGUGACCACCAUCAUACUUUCUGCCUCUAUGAAUCUGACUAUUCUAGGUAGCUCAUAUAAAUGAAGUCAUAGCAUUUGUCCCUUUCUGUCUGGCUUAUUUCACAGAGGAUAUUGCCUUCAAGCUUCAUCCAUGUUGUAACAUGUGUCAGACUAUCCUCCUUUGAAGAUUGACUAAUAUUCCAUUAUAUGUAUAAACCACAUUUUGUUUAUUCAUCUAUUGACUGAUAUUUGGGUUGUUUCUAUCUUUUUGGCCAUUGUAUAUAAUGCUGCUAUGAAGAAAAAACAAAAAUAAAAGAUAUGUCUUCAGUGCUGAGCACAUCUGAAUAGCAAAUUGUCAUCAUCCAUGAUUUAAUUUAAGAAACAGACAGCCUUGUAGCUGGUGUUGUGGCACAACAGGUUAAGCUGCCACCUGCAACAAAAGCUCUGCUUUGAGUCCUGGCUGCUCCACUUCUGUUCCAGCUCCCUGCUAAUGUGCCUGGGAAAGCAGGAAAGAUGGCCCAAGUGCUUGGGCCCCUCCAUCAACAUGGGAGACCCAAGUGGAGUUCCAGUCUACUGGCUUUGGCCUGGCCCAGUCCCAGCCACUGUGGCCAUUUUGGGGGUGAACCAGCAGAUGGAAGAUCUCUCGUUCUCUCUCUCUCUCAACUCUGCCUUUCAAAUAAAUAAAACAAGUCUUUAAUUCCAAUGUAUGUGUACAAUGCUGAUCAAAACAGGGUAAUCAGUAUUUCCCCUUCUUUGACCAUUAAAAAUGAGUGGAGGUUUGGAGCCUCUAUUUGUUCCAUAAAAUCUGUGCUAGGUUAUUAUCUACUACACUGUGCUGCGUACUACUAGUAGCUUCUCACUUUGAUCAAAAUCCAAUUUGGUAGCCAUUUUCCAAAUUCCCUCUAACCUCCCUACCUCUCCCAGCCUCUGUUAAUUACCAUUCUGUGUUCAGAUGGAGAUGUUUGUUAGUUUUUUAGCUCCUUCAUGUAAGGGAGAACAUGCAGUGUUUCUCUGCCCAGCUUAUUUCACUCUACAUGAUAUACUCCAGUUCCACCCACUUUGCUGCAAAUGACAGAAUUUCAUUCUUUUUAAGGCUGAAUAGCAUUUCUUUUUUUAAAUUUUUUUUAGUACAGCUUAUGGAUUACAUUGCCCCCCCCAACUUCCCUCCCACCUGCAAUCCUCCCAUCUCCCGCUCCCUCUCUCAUUCCAGGCUGAAUAGCAUUUCAUCAUGUAUAUAUAACAUAUUUUCUUUAUCCAUUCAUCUGAUGAUGCACAAGUUAGUUGAUUUCAUAGCUGAGCUAUUGUUAACAGUGCUGCACUAAACAUGGUAGAGCAGGUAUCUUGUUGAUAAAAUGAUGUCAUGUCUUUUGUAUAUAUAUUCUGGUGGAAUUGCUGGAUCGUAUGGUAGUUCUAUUUCUAGUUUUUCAAAAAGAAAAAUUCAUGCUGAUUUAUUUCUUUUUCUUUCUUUUAUGAUGUUUGUUUUUUAGAUUUUAGCUGCCACAUAUCAGAGAGAACAUGCAGAAAAAGAAAGAAAGAAAGAAAGAAAGAAAGAAAGAAAGAAAGAAAGACAUGUGUGUAUCAGUAUUGCU